UCUCACACUCCCAUGAUGGCUUCGUCCUCCAUUUCUUCUGCUUUUCUUAUUCCCUCAUUUUCAUCGCCGGCACCUCCUUUUCUCCCCAACCCACUCCAUUUUUUCUCACUUUCCCUUUCCAACAACUUUUCAUGCUCUACUAGACGUACCAGCUUCAUGCCAUUGAAGGCGCAAGCUACAGCUGAAAAGAAACCUCUCUUGGAUAGUAGAAUGCUGGUAUUUGUGCCUCCUCAUCCUUUGAUCAAACAUUGGGUUUCUGUGCUUAGAAACGAGCAAACACCAUGCCCAAUCUUUAAAAAUGCCAUGGCUGAAUUGGGAAGGCUGCUUAUAUAUGAAGCAUCCAGGGAUUGGCUGCCUACCAUUUCAGGGGAGAUUCAGUCACCACUCGGGGUUGCUUCAGUAGAAUUUAUUGAUCCGCGAGAACCUGUAGCGGUUGUUCCCAUUUUAAGAGCGGGUCUUGCUCUUGCAGAGCAUGCGUCAUCCAUCUUACCGGCAACCAAGAUAUACCACCUAGGGGUUAGCAGAGACGAGGAGACGCUUCAACCAACAGUCUAUUUGAACAAGUUACCGGAAAAAUUUCCUGAAGGAACUCGAGUGUUGGUUGUCGAUCCUAUGCUAGCAACAGGCGGAACGAUAGUUGCAGCCAUCGACCUGGUUAAGGAGCGCGGAGUUGACAACCAACAUAUCAAAGUGGUAUGUGCAGUGACUUGCCCUUCAGCCCUCCAAAAGCUGAGUGAGAAGUAUCCUGGGCUUCAUGUAUAUGCUGGAAUCAUCGAUCCAACUAUUACCGACAAAGGGAUGAUUAUCCCGGGGCUUGGUGAUGCAGGAGACCGAAGUUAUGGUACAUAAAACCCAACCGAAGGAAGGAUUUGUGGUAUACGUAAUGUAACUCUCGUUUGCAGUUUGAAGGUUUUCUACACAAAUUUUGCUCAAAGAGUUGGAGGAUAUAUUGGGUUUGUUUGGUUUAUCUGAUUGUGAAUUAUCGUGAUCUGCGUUCUGAACCUUGGUUAUGUGUUUGUUGGUUAAGAAGAGUUGAUUCCGUGUGGACCU